ACAGCAAAACCAAAAAAAUGAAGAAAGGAGUGAUAUUAGCUUUCUUUCUCACUCUCUCGCUCUUCUCCUUCCCCUCUUUCCAAUUUGAUUCAAUGAGCUCCCCUUAGACGACGAGGAGUUCGGUCUCAAGGGCGCGGCACCUCGCUUCCCUAAACCCGCAAAGUUGGGAGUCUGACUCCAAGAUCCAGUUCACUCUGAAGCACGCUUUCGACGACUUCGAUUUUGUUCUCAUUGGCACUUUCUCUGCCCGCCUCAAGACUUGGAUUCACGGUGGCCAAACACUAACAAAGCUACCAUUUUCAAGAAAUGGUUUCACUGAUGAGGAGUAGGAGAAGUUCAAAUAUUUGCUUCAAGGUGAUGACUUCUACAGGAUAAGACUCCCAUCCAAUAUUCUAAGUCCUCCUGGGAGGAAUUAUAUUGUCUCAUCAGUGAAAGCGGAAAGCUUAAUAUUAUGGCACCGCCAUACGGCAUCUACAAUUAAACCAGAGAAAGAACAACUGGAGAAUAAAGCCAGAGUAGACCCACAUCUGCAGCGGUAAGGAAGGGAGGUGAACAACACACUCGAACAACCUCAAAGGAACAAAUCUAUACACGUUCCGUUGGUCGAUCGAUUCAGCUAGGUGGACACCCUUCAAUCUACUCGUGACCAGGUUGCACCAAGUCUCCAGGACGUCGAGGCGGGGUUCCAAGCGAGCGGCAGCCACCAGAUCUGGGGAACUAGCGACCACCACAGCAAAUCCGCGUGAUAGGAUGGACGGCCACCAGAUCUUAAUGGGAAAGAGAAGAGAAGAUUGGAUUGAAACUUUUUGAUCAUGUAGUUAUCUGUCAGAUUUAAGGUAUUUACCAACUUAUGUUCAACCAAGUUCAAGAGGGGUGGAAUCCUUCUUAAAACAUUUUUUUUACACGUGCGUUUCCACACGCGUGCAAUUCUCAUCUCAGCCCCGUCACCUCUAAAAUCCAAAACCCUAACCGCUUCUUAACUUUGCUCCUCACUAGCGAACGACACUGCUGAGGAGACGCCCGGAAACUGAGUCCGAGGAAUUCGAGAUCUUGACUAAAUUAGAUUGGGGUUCUGAAAUUUUGUUUAUUUUCUUUCCUAGAUGAGUGGAGGAGAUCUGGAGUAUGAGCAUUUUCUUAAGUAGAGAGCAUUUUGACGUGGAUUGGCACAAUUGAAGGUGGAAAAGGAACCAUAUAUGAGGCUUUUUCAUACAAACUUUCCUUGUAAUUUCCAUUGGACUACCCUUUCAAGCCACCUCAAGUCAGGUUUGAAACCAUGUGCUUCCAUCCAAAUGUUGAUCAGGGGGGAACAUUCCAGUAUUCUUCAAGUAUCAAAUUAAGCAAGUAUACUGGUUUUCAGUUAAACCAUUUGCUCUUAACAGCAGGAGAGCAAGAUUGGGAAAGGAAACCUUUACUUGUUUCUGUUAUAUUCCAGUGUUUGAACUUAUUGCCUAGGUGGUUAUUGGAAUUAUAACAUUUUUUCAUUUUUUUAUUUUUCAUGAUAAAAAAAUAUUCAUUAAUCUCAUAUCAGCCAAGUAUCUCAUUCAAAAUUGCAUUCUAAAUACGUUUAUUAAUCUCCUACAUUCUACCUGCAAAGUAAAAAAGUUCACAUUCAAAAUAAAGAGUGAUUCCUAAGGAAAAAUUAAAUCUCUUAAUUUUCCAUGCCCGUCCAUUUAGCCAUAACUGAAGUGGAAGGAACUCAG